CUGCCACAUACAUACCCAUGGACAUCUACCUCCUCUCUACUCACUUCUUCUAUAAAUACAGCUUUUCUGCUCUCGCUUCUUGCCUUCCCCCUUCCCUUCUAUACCUGUUGCUCUUUCUCUAUACAACUGCCUUGUGCGCUUCGCAUUCGCUUGCCUUGCCUAAAGAAAAAUGGCAUCUCACAUUGUUGGGUACCCUCGUAUGGGUCCAAAAAGAGAGCUGAAGUUUGCUCUGGAAUCAUUCUGGGAUGGCAAGAGCAGUGCUGAGGAUUUGGAAAAGGUGGCAACAGACCUCAGGGCAUCAAUCUGGAAACAGAUGUCUGGUGCUGGAAUCAAAUACAUUCCCAGCAACACAUUCUCUUACUAUGAUCAGGUGCUUGAUACAACUGCUAUGCUUGGGGCUGUUCCCCCUAGAUACAAUUGGACUGGUGGGGAGAUUGGUUUUUCCACUUACUUCUCCAUGGCUAGAGGUAAUGCCUCUGUUCCUGCUAUGGAAAUGACCAAGUGGUUUGACACCAACUACCAUUUCAUUGUGCCUGAAUUGGGACCUGAUACCAAAUUUUCAUAUGCUUCACACAAGGCCGUGAACGAAUACAAAGAGGCCAAGGCUCUUGGUGUUGACACUGUCCCGGUGCUUGUUGGCCCUGUUACUUACUUGUUGCUCUCCAAGCCUGCCAAGGGCGUUGAGAAAACCUUUUCUCUUCUCUCUCUUCUUGACAAGAUUCUACCCAUUUACAAGGAAGUUAUUUCCGAACUAAAGGCUGCUGGUGCUUCAUGGAUCCAAUUUGAUGAGCCCACUCUAGUUUUGGACCUUGAGUCUCACCAGUUGGAAGCAUUCACCAAGGCCUAUAGUGAUCUGGAAUCAUCUUUAUCCGGUCUCAAAGCCAUGGUUGUGACCUAUUUUGCUGAUGUCCCUGCACCUGCAUUCAAAACUCUUACCUCAUUGAAAGGAGUUGCCGGCUAUGGGUUUGAUCUGGUUCGUGGAACUAAAACUCAUGAUUUGAUUAAGAGCGACUUCCCUUCAGGAAAAUUCCUUUUUGCUGGAGUAGUUGAUGGAAGGAACAUUUGGGCCAAUGAUCUUGUUGCUUCUCUUGAUACACUCAAGUCUCUUGAAAGCAUAGUGGGCAAGGACAAGCUUGUUGUGUCUACUUCCUGCUCUCUUCUCCACACUGCUGUUGAUCUUGUUAAUGAGACUAAGCUGGAUCAAGAAAUCAAAUCCUGGCUUGCAUUUGCUGCACAGAAGAUUGUUGAAGUAAAUGCUCUAGCAAAGGCUUUGGCUGGAAGCAAGGAUGAGGCGUUCUUCUCUGCUAAUGCCUCUGCUCAGGCUUCUCGAAAAUCCUCACCAAGGGUGACAAAUGAAGCUGUCCAGAAGGCUGCUGAAGCUUUGAAGGGCUCUGAUCAUCGCCGUGCCACAAACGUUACAGCUCGACUUGAUGCCCAACAGAAGAAGCUUAAUCUCCCAGUCCUCCCAACUACCACAAUCGGUUCCUUUCCGCAGACCAUAGAACUUAGGAGAGUCCGCCGUGAAUACAAGGCCAAAAAGAUAUCCGAGGAGGAAUAUGUCAAAUCUAUCAAAGAGGAGAUCAACAAAGUCAUCAAGCUCCAAGAAGAGCUUGAUAUUGAUGUUCUUGUUCACGGAGAGCCAGAGAGAAACGAUAUGGUUGAGUAUUUUGGAGAGCAAUUAUCUGGUUUUGCUUUCACUGCCAAUGGAUGGGUGCAGUCUUACGGGUCCCGAUGUGUGAAGCCUCCGAUUAUCUUUGGUGACGUAAGCCGUCCACAGCCAAUGACCGUCUUCUGGUCCAGCACUGCACAGAGCAUGACCAAGCGCCCCAUGAAAGGAAUGCUUACGGGUCCUGUAACAAUUCUCAACUGGUCUUUCGUAAGAAACGAUCAACCAAGGUACCAAACAUGCUAUCAGAUUGCUCUGGCAAUUAGGGACGAGGUCGAGGAUCUUGAGAAGGCUGGCAUUACUGUGAUCCAAAUAGAUGAGGCUGCAUUGAGAGAAGGGUUGCCUCUAAGGAAGUCUGAGCAUGCUUUCUACCUCGACUGGGCCGUCCACAGCUUCAGAAUAACCAACUGCAGCAUCCAGGACACAACUCAGAUCCACACCCACAUGUGCUACUCCAACUUCAACGACAUCAUCCAAUCAAUCAUAGACAUGGAUGCUGAUGUGAUCACCAUUGAGAACUCCCGUUCUGAUGAGAAGCUCCUGUCAGUGUUCCGUGAGGGAGUUAAGUAUGGCGCCGGAAUCGGGCCGGGCGUGUAUGACAUUCACUCCCCAAGAAUACCGUCAACAGAGGAGAUUGCUGACAGGAUCAACAAGAUGCUUGCUGUUCUUGAGACCAACAUUUUGUGGGUCAAUCCCGACUGCGGCCUCAAGACUCGCAAGUACGGGGAAGUGAAGCCGGCACUUCAGAACAUGGUGGCUGCCGCCAAGCAGCUCCGCACGCAGCUUGCCAGUGCCAAAUGAGUCCUCCAUAUUUGAAGAUUGUUAUUACUAUUAUUAUUAUUGUUGUGUUGUUUUUGGUGAUCAUUUUUCAAUAACUUGCUGUUGGUACAAACACUGACUAACAGACAGGUAAACAGGUGGUGUUCCUACAAGUUCUUGGUUUCUUUGCGCCUUGAAUUUUAAUUAUUCAUUAGCAAUAUAUAAUACUGCGAUUAUGUGGUU